GCAAAGGACAAGAAGGAUAAGAAGGACAAGAAAGAAAAGAAGGACAAGGAGGACAAAGGCAAAGGAGAGGAAUCAGAGCCCGUGGGCCAGCCUGCAAAGAAGCGCAAGCAAGACCUGCAGCUUGAGAGUCCUGAAGCCACAACCCUGCCUCCGCCAGCGAAGGCCAAGGCCGGCCUACCGGGCUGGGAGGGCACUCUGAACCCGCAAAGCCUGGCUAAGUUUUUUGACAAGAACACUUACGCUAAGCAUGCGUCAGAGGAUGCUAAGCUCAGCAGCAUGGAGCGCACUGGAACGGUUGCAAGCCUUCAAGUGGACUCCCAAACGCAGCCUGAAGCGGCAUCAGAUGCUACGACCCCAUCCAAAGAGACCACCGCUACAAGUUCUGAGCUUGCAAACACUUCGCCAGGAGAACCCGACUCCGCCAGCGGAACCCCUUCUCCCACAGCACGCGCAAGCGCAGAUGCGGAGUCGACAGCAGGUGAAAAGCAGACCAACAGCGCAGAGAGACAGGCCCGAACAUUGAAGAUGACAGAUGCGCAGAAGCAGUUUGCGGCCAUGGGACGCAAGAUGAAAUCAGAUGGAAAUCUGAACCCCGGUUUGGUGACCAAAUGGUUCGAGAUGCUGAAGACAUGGCUUCUCCAUGACGGAGACCUUGGAGCUAUUACUGUGGAAGAAAGGUUUGUGAAGUUUGUCGAGAACUCCGAGAGCGACCAAUACGUUACCAUGUCCAUUCUCCAAUUGGAGAAGGAGUUUGGCGAUGGGCCUGAUGCUCAGGAAUUCAUUGGUGAACUGAUCAAGGGCAACCUGGCCCCGCAUGUGAAGAAGGCGAUGAUGUACAAGGUUCUACGCUGCGUUCUCGACGAGUACAAGCGAGGUUCUCGCGGUGAAAGCAGCGCAGGGAUUUCUGGCGUUGUCAAGGAACCGGCGGCAAAGAAAGCUAUUGCCGAGAAACUCAAACCAGCCAUGGACCACCUGGAGUCUCUCGAGUUCAUGGACUCCAGUGGUAAGAUCAAGAUGAAGAACCGGAGUGGCAAAGAGAAGAAGCCGCUAACAGCUUCGGAGAAAUUGGUUGCAGACUACCGAGCUCUGGCCAAGAAGUUCCGUGGCUACGAGGCCAAGAUCAAUGACCGACUCCGCGAGCUAGCCGGUGUGAAGCAUUGCACUGAACUGGUGGAUUCGCUUCGCGAACACACGGGAAACACUGAGAAGUACGCCAAGGAAAUGGAUGGAUACUACACAGAUGGGGUUCCCCAGGAGGAGCUUCAGACCCACUAUGAAAGGAUGGGCUGCUUUGCAGGGGUAAAUGGCAAGGCUCAGAUCCCAUCAUUGGAUCCAGUUUCUGCCGCACUGCACAAAGAGCGGGAGUUAGUUGUUGAGGCUUAUGGCAUGAUUGAGGAGUUCCUUGAAUUAUCAAGAUCGUUCUCUAUAAGCACAGUAUCUUCGGCACUAACUAGUGGCGCCACUUGGGAACACAAGCUCCUAUUGAGUUGCUUCGACAACUCAAGUGCUGGUGACAGUACCGCGUCUGAGAUAGACAGUUGGCACUGCUGGGGAGUUGUAUGCGCACUCCUCGAAUUGACAGCUACAGCGGUCAACAGCCCGUGGGCAGGGGGCAACCAAGAAGCAAGAUUGGCUACAGCAUAUGUGGACUUUGUCACAUGUUGCCAACGAGAAAAAAUCAGUGCCUUUGUAGCAAUUAGCCCUGCCUGUGCACUCAAUCCCUGA